UUAUGUGCGCAAAUCUUUCACCGGAGGUGCCGCAAUUUCAUUGAAGCGGAGUACCAGUUGUGCUCGAAUUGCGCAAUAAGCAGCAAACAAUAGAUAGACGAUUUGUUUUAUUAGUAUCUGGUUAGCAGUAAACUAAAUUAAAGAAUUUAUGUUUCUUUACGUGUCUAAAUGUACAUAUUGUUAAUAAUAAAAUGAAAUUAAUAGCUUUCUUCUAUUUCCUAUGCCUGAAUUAAAAACAAUUAAAUACUUAAUUUCAGUUGCAACUGACAUAGAUAGGCUGAGAUAACACCGUUAAACACAAAAGCUACUUUAUCUGUGUUUACACAUUAAAUGCAACAUAAACUUCCUGGUUGAAAAAUAAAUUUAAAAUGUCGGUGAAUUGUCAUAUUGUAUGGAUUUUAAAUCUGAUGGUUUUUGUUUUGCAAAGAGAAUUUGUUCGGGCCGAAGUGGUAUUGUCACCAUCAACAGCUGUUGUCUCGGAGAACAAUUCUGUGACACUUACAUGUACUUACAAUGGGGAUGAGACUCUUCCAUACGUUGCAUGGAGUGUAUCCAAAAGAUCUGAAAGUACAAAAAGUAAUACUUUAGGUGUAAUAACAGCAGAUUGUACGGCUGUAGUAAUUAAUGUUGAUACCAGUCUGUAUAACUAUACUUGUCUUAACAACAAACAAUAUACAUGGACAAUCAAGAAAGUAACAAGACAUAAUGAUGGAGACAAGUACAGGUGUGAUGUUGACACACCCUCUCCAGGAAACAUCAGAAGUAACAAUGUGUCAUUAUCUGUUCAAGUUCCAGUGACUUCGGUAACACUGGUCGAGCCAAGUACUUCUCCAGUAACUGUGAAUGAAAGUACAGAAGCUAAGUUUAAAUGUCAAGCAUCAGGUGGUCUUCCAGCAGCUUCUGUUAGCUGGUAUAAAGAUUCUGGGACAUCUGGAGAUUCCAGUGAUGAUUUAGAAAUUACUUCAGGUAUCCAAUCAACGCCUUAUACCACAAACAACCUUAUAGAAGUGACCAGCAUAUUAAGAUACUCACCAUCGAGGAAUGAAAAUGGAUGGAGGAUAUACUGCACAGCAAGUAAUAUUCUUGGCCAGACCCCGACUGUCUCAGAAAGGAAACCAUUGCUUGAUGUUCAGUACCCUCCAGGACCUCCUGUUAUAGCUGGCUACUCUGAUGGUGGUGAGUACCGAGUUAUAGAAAAAACACAAGGGCGAUUAUCAUGUUCUGUAACUGGUGGAAAUCCGGCACCAACUUUGACAUGGAACUGUUUCAACAGUGAUACCUUAGAAACAACCAGCGAUGGUACAGUUACCAAAACACAUGUAUGGACAGCUCAACGAAACCAAGAUAGGACCUGUACAUGCCGGUCAUCCCAUUACAGUGGUGAAAGAACUGUUUCUAUUAAAAUAGAAGUAUUGUACCCUCCAACAACACCAACAUUCAGAAUAAGUUCAACCCAAGUCAAUGGCACAGUAAAAGUUAUCAGGAACAAUCAGUUAUCUGUCAGUUGUAUCAGUUCAGGAAACCCGCUACCAUCUUAUACAUGGAUUAAUGCAGACAUGGCCUCUACAAACAGCCAAGAGCUAAGCUUGAGAAAUGUACAGAACAAUGGGAAGUGUACAUGUAAUGUACGGAACUCCAUGAAUCCAUCAAUUGGCACCGCUGCGCCUGGGAGUAACACGGCAUUUAUAGAUGUUCUUAUUUUAUAUCCUCCUUCCAUUCCAACGUUUAAUUACUGGAACACAAGUGGGCCAAAUAUAUCAACAAGGGAACUUGAUGUGAUACGAGGUGAUACAUUUAAAGUAGCCUGUACAUCGAGUGGAGAACCAGCACCGGCGUACUACUGGGACAACCAAGGUCACAAUAGGAUACUGACAGUAACCAACAUUACUACAGAUCGUAGUAGUAUAUGUAAAGCUAGAAAUACAAUGCAGGAAACAGUUGGGCAGAUAUUAACAAGAUCGGCUACAGCUUCACUGAAGAUAAACGUACUAUAUCCACCAAGUGUUGUAACAUUGAAAUAUCAUUACGGGGACAGUUCACUGGUUAGUAUAACAACAACUCUCAACAUUAGAGAAGGAAAUCCACUCACGGUUACCUGUAGCAGCGACAGUAAGCCGCCACCUUCAUACACCUGGACCGGUACUGUUUCCUCCACUUCGGGUACAUUGAAAGUUGACAGUGCCGUUAGAUCUCACACCGGAAAAACUACUUGUAACGUAGAAAACGUCAUGGCAAGGACUUUCGCUAAUCCAGACAAUACCAAAGUAGGAAAAACAAGUAGAGGUUUCAACUUACAAGUUCUAUAUCCUCCAACGAUAGGAGAACUAAAAAACACAAGUGUUGUUGAGAGGUCUCCGUUGACUGUUUUUUGUCCUGUCACUGCUGGUAAUCCUUCUCAAACUACCUAUGAAUGGAUAAGAAAUCGUAAAGUAUGGAAGAGAACUCAAACAUUUACAAUAGAUACAACCUCAAGGAAUGAUGCAAUGUUCUACACAUGUAAAGUUUCCAACAGAAUGGUACAAACUGGAGAAGAACCUGUUUCUCAACCAGACACAAAUGCUUUCUAUCUGAAUGUUUGGUACAAAGCGUCAGUCAAAGAAUUCUUUAUUUUUGGACAUAAAGGAGAAACAAGCAUUGUCAUGAAUGAAAAUGAUACAGUUCCAUUUGUAUGUAACGUGGAUAGCAAUCCAGGAUCUAAUAUCUCUGUUGAUUAUAAGGAAAAUGUAUUAAAGUCGCAAACUGAUACAAAAUCACUGGCCUACUCUAUUGAAUCAGCAUCUUGUACUGACAGAGGCGAAUACAGCUGUGUAGGAUUUAAUAAACACAACGAAAAUCAUUCUUCCAAACUUCUAAAUCUGCUUGUUAAUUGCUCUCCACGUCCAUCACCAUCAGUUACAUUGAAGCAGAAUGUAACAAGUGCACAGCAUAUACCAGCAGUUUUAACUUUUACAACACUGGCUUAUCCUGACCCCAACAAUGAUGCCUUUAAGUGGUACAGAUUUGAUAGCAAUGAUUGGCAGUUACUAUCAAAUAGUGGAGAAUUUCAGAUAGAAACAUCAAACCCACAGACAAACCUUACAGUCAAGGAAGUAAAUCGGACUUAUUAUGGAAUGUACAAGCUGGAAAUUAGCAAUAGUAUUGGAAACUACAGUCAGAUAUUCUACCUUGAAGCAGAAGAUAUACCAGACCCGCCAGAAGAAUUUCAACAUAUAGCUGAACUCGCUACAGAGUCAUCAAUCACAUUACAGUGGAAACCUGGUUUUGAUAAUGGUCCAGACCAAACAUUUGUUUUGAGAUACAAGAAAGUAUCUGACAAAGACUGGACAAGUGUAGCUAUACCAGAUACAGGAGAGAUGGUGAUGAACUACAACAUAACCAUGCUAUCAAGCGGAACCGAGUAUGAGGUGGUUUUACACUCCUACAAUGAACUGGGGAAUUCAACUGAAACAGAAACCCUAAAAAUCAAAACAACAGGUACAGUAUAUAUGUAAAGCCAUUUAACAUAUUAAAGCGACUAACCCAAACAUUGUGAAUUCUGAUUAUUUAAAUAAUUUAUCACUGAAAGGCAAACUGCCACCACUGUUUUAUAUAUUUACAUGAAACAUAAUGGUUCACCAGUUUAUAGUUUUCAGAAUUACAGGAACAUUCAAGUUUUUGCAGUUUUGUCUCGAACUUUUAUAAACCAUUGCCACUCUUAAUUUUCAUAAAUAUGGAUAAAUGUAGAAUAAGAUGCGACAGUAUUUAGAUGCUGUCAGCAUGUGGGCAAUUAGCAUGUGGGCAACAAACCAUUAAGGAGGCCUCCGUGGCCGAGUGGUUAAGGUCGCUGACUUCAAAUUACUUGCC